CUCCUUCUUUUUGGCCCUUCUGCACUCAUCUCCUUCUCCAUCUCCAUUGCUUCCCAUCUCCAUUACUUCCCAUCUCCAUUGACGCCUCUGAUUCCUUCAAUUUUUCAGAUAUAAUCCCAUGCCGUCGACUUAAUCCCUAGCACCCAUUAUUUUCACCCCAUUCUCCUGCUACAAUUCGUCAUCUCUGUCGACAGUCACCCCUGUUUCUUCGAAGGACGGAAUUAAGAUGAAUUUUUCUCCAAUUUCACAACAAAUAUCUCAAAAUGAAAUUGAUGGGAACAACUGCUUAGUCAGCAAUGACAACUUCUUAACUGUAUAAAUGGAUGAUCUUGAGGGGUUAGAAGAGAUUUCUACUAGUACUGCUAUGGAAAUUGAAGGACCCAAAAUGUUGGGUGAAGAUGACAUUAUUGGUGGGAUGCCUUGUAAAGAUAUGCACUUUACUUCGGCUGAUGAAGCUCGUGAAUUUUAUAAUGAAUAUGCCAAAAGAAUGGGAUUUAGUAUUCGCACGGAGUCAGCAAAGAGGUUGUCCCCAGAUGGACCUGUUAAUCGAAAAUAUUUUGUUUGCUACAAGGCAGGAAAAAAGAGAAAUUAUCAGCCUAAAAAAAAGGGAACAUGUGACCGUCCAGAUCGAGUAAAUUGUUGUGCUCGAAUGUCUGUUCUCUUGAAAGAUGGAGUUUGGAUUAUAAGCCAAUUUAUUGAUGAACAUAACCAUGAGAUGUUUAACUCCCCAAAUAAAGUAAAAAAGCUACGGUCCCACAACAAAGAACACUUGUUGCCGGAGACAAUUGAGUUAAUGGAUCAAUAUAAACAAGCUGGCUGUGGACCUUCUAGAAUUGCAAGACUUUUGAAUGUGACAAGCAAUGGUACAUCGAAUAUUACCCCACAACAAUGUCAACAACAUUUGAGGAAAAAAAGGGAGAGCAACAUUGGUCACGAGUGUAUGAUGGUUAUGCAACAAUUCCUAUUCAUGACUGCUUCAGAUGAAAAUUUUUACCAUGCCAUAGAGAUUGAUGAAAAUGGUGUUUGUAGGAGCUUGUUUUGGGCAGAUGGGAGAGCUAGGGAAAUGUAUCAAAAUUUUGGUGAUGUUGUGGUUUUUGAUGUGACAUAUCGGACUAAUACAUUUCUUUUACCAUUUGCUCCAUUUACUGGUGUGAACCAUCAUGGGCAGUCAACUUUGUUUGGAUGCGCCCUCCUAUUGGAUGAACAGGAAGAUAGCUUUGUGUGGUUAUUUGAGUGGUGGCUGCGGUGCAUGGGGGGUAAAGCACUUGGUGCAAUUAUCACUGACCAGGACCCAGCAAUCACUAAUGCAAUUAAAAGGGUUUUUCCGAACACACAUCAUAGGUUUUGUAGUUGGCACAUCUCACUCCAUGAGGAUGAGCAUCUUCGGGCUUUAAGAUCAUCAUAUAAUCCUGGAUUUGAUGAACAAUAUUAUAAGUGGGUGAGAAAAAGUAAAACUAUUGAAGAAGUCGAGAAUGCAUGGAAAAAGUUGAAGGAGAAAUAUAAACAAGAGUUUAUGGAGCCAUUGACAGAGAAGCAACGCAAUGAAAAAAAGUCCUGGAAAUGGUUAGAAAGCAUGUAUGAGCAACGAUAUAGUUGGAUUGAUGUGUAUUUGAGGGACACAUUUUUUGCUGGAAUGAGAUCAAGUCAACGAAGUGAGAGCAUUAAUUCAUUUUUUGAUGGUUAUGUGAACUCUAUGACACCAUUAUCCGAGUUUGUUGGCCAAUAUGCUAAAGCUCUACAAUGUCGUCGUGAUGAGGAAGUGAAUGAAGACAUGUGGACAAUGAGAGCAAAGCCAAAUCCGUGUCACUUGCAUAAGUUAGAAGUUCGAGCUGGAAUGGUUUACACUAGAAAGAUAUUUGCUAAAUUUCAGAGUGAGUUCAAAGAUUCUUUAUAUUGUGUGCAUGAUGAAGUAGCUAUUAAUGAUGGGAUGACCACAUAUGAUGUUAGUUAUGGGUUUGGGGGCAAGGUUGAUUCACACUCCGUGCGAUGUGGUCCGUCCAAGGAGGAGUUUGCUUGUACUUGUGGGAAGUUUGAGACUCGUGGCAUUUUGUGUAAACAUAUUCUUCACAUAAUGAUGCAAUGUUAUAGAAUGGAAGAGAUUUCUGAACAAUACAUUUUGGCUAGAUGGACCUUGGCAUAUAGAUAUAGUAGUAAACAAGCUCAAUUGAUAAGUACAUCAAAAGAAUUAGUGGUUUCUGCACUUGCUUCUUGGAAUCUUCGAAAAUCUCUUAAUGAAGUGCAUGACCAAGCAGUAAGUCAUGGCAAACUUUAUAAUGUUGCUGCAGCAGUGGUGGAAGAUUUGAAAAGGCAAUUAUAUAAUAUUAGAAAGGAGCUUGAAGGUUUGGUUACUGAACAAAGUGAGCAAGAUUUUGGUGCUCGAGCAAUAUCUCAAGAUUUAAUUUCAAGUAACAUAGAUAUUCGUGAUCCGGAAAAGGUUAGAACCAAGGGUCGACCAAAGGAACUUUCUAGGAUUCUUGCAGGAAAACAAGUGUCACAAAAUACAGCUCAUAGUAGAAGACGAAUUUGUAGCACAUGUGGUAUUAAAGGUCAUGAUUCUAGGACUUGUGGAAAGACAAAAGACAAGAUAGAGCUUACCGUCCUUGGUCCCUUCUCUUCGAUGGAGAUGAUGAAUUGCAGUGGAAUUGGAGGAUUCGGAGGAGUGGAUGGAGAUGAGAGGCGAUGGAGAAGGAAUCGGAGAAGAGGCAAAGGCAAAAGAGGCAGAGGGGAGGGGCUAAGAGGCGAUGGAGGCGAUGGAGAAGGAAUCGGAGAAGAGGCAAAGGCAAAGGCAAAAGGGAGGGGUUGAGAGGCGAUGGAGAACAAAUCGGAGAAGAGGCAAAGGCAAAAGGGGCAGGGGCAAAGGCAAAGGGGAGGGUUGAGAGGCGAUGGAGAAAGAAUCCGAGAAAAGGCAAAGGCAAAAAGGGCAAGGGCAAAGGCAAAGGAGAGGGGGCUGAGAUUAAUAAAACGGCGUCGUUUGG